GACAAAGGUGAAAGUGAGAAUGUGUUUCAGAGGCUUAAUGUGAUUGUGAUAGAAACUGGCAUGAAAGAAGAUCCUGGGAGAUGGUUUCUUCAGAAGCAUUUGUACUUGGUGUCCAUUGGAAAAACAAUGUUGAGGUAGCUCAGAUAUCUCUUCACAUUUCAUGUCCGCUUUAUAUAUAGAUCCUUCCGCAAUCCAAUCCACCAACAGUGGCCACCCCAAUUCGUACUCUGGCCACCAGCACUGCCAAAACAUGGCCUCCACCUCCUCCAACCACCACCGCCUUCCUUCCUGACUAUACAAACAUGUUAGGCCUCCACAACAUCUUCCUCAUAACACCACCAGUACAACCACCACCACCACCUUCUUCUUCUUUUCACCACCCUGACCAACAACCCAUUUCCGUCCAUGAACAGUGCAACAUUUUAAACAAUCAAGAUUCUUGGACCACUCUUAAGAGAUAUAAUCUGCAAGAAUCAAGCAGAGAUGCAUUGAAUAUUGAUGGGGAUAACGAAAACUGUAAUACAUCUUCUAGUGUUUGCAGAGAUUGUGGAAAUAGAGCCAAAAAGGAGUGCGAGUACAGAAGGUGUAGGACUUGUUGCAAGAGUAGAGGCUAUGAUUGUGCCCCUCACAUUAAAAGCACGUGGGUUCCUGCGGCCAGGCGGCGAGGGAGGCACGCUACUGAUGUUGGUGGCUCUUCCGGCUCUUCUUCCGGUGGUGGUGGUGGUGGUGAUGGUAAUAAAAGGCCAAGAGAGAAUGUGAGCGCUACAUCUAAUAGCUUUAGUACCUCUAAUAACAAUGCCGCUGCUUUUUUCAGUUUUGACAACGCCUCCAAUUGCCAGGAUGCAAGCUUCAAGCAGUCCUUGCCAAGCCAAGUUCGAGCACCAGCAGUUUUCAGGUGCGUUAGAGUGACUGCCAUUAGUGGUGGCGAAGCUGAGGUUGCAUACCAGGCUAUGGUGAACAUAAGUGGCCAUGUUUUCAAGGGUUUCCUCUAUGAUCAAGGAAUUGAUGAGAAUAACUUAAAUAGAGAUUCCACUUCUCCAAUUGUUGAUCCACCAGAUCCCUAUCUAGCCUCUGCCACCCAUAGAGUGUUUCAAGCAGGUAAUGAAUGAAAUAUUCUCCAGAUAGUUGUUGCUCCUAAUAUUCAACUGGAGAGAAUUGGCAUGAGCUUCUCUGUUUUAAGAACAGAGUGACUGGUUUUUGGUUGCAAUAUGAAGUACUGUGAGCUGUUAUUGAUCCUUAGUUCUGUUCCAAAAUGGUGCUUCUUAUAUUGGUGGGCAGAGUAUGAAUCUUGGGAGAUCAUAGAUUUGAAAGUUGAUGGAAAUGAAAAAUAUAUUUUAGAAUUCAAUAGCUAUAGUUGUGCCACUGUGUAAGAAAUUGGGAGGUUGGGAUUUGAGUAUUCAUCCAUUUUGUAAGAUAGAAUUAAUGAGAUUGUGAAGGACAAAGAAACAAGAAAGAGCUUGUAUUGUAGUACUAGCAUAUUACAGUGAACAUAACAUGUUAGAAAAAUAUUUUCUUGUGGUUCAUUUACCAAAAGUGUGGCCUGACCAAGUAGAGAUUGGUUUAUUUUUCUUUUUUAUAAUUUAGGUUGAUUGUAGUCUAGGAAAUGGAAGGUUAUUGCACAAACAUCAAAAGAAAUUUUGAUUUAAUUAGGAAUGAGUUUUCGACAA